AUGACUUCUCAAGAGAAGACAGAAAAGCAUCCUUUUGUGGACAUAUUUAAUGAAGAUGAAGCUGACAUAAACUUUAUGUUGUCUAAACCUGUUUGCUUUGUUGUAUUUGGGAAACCAGGGGUUGGGAAGACAACAUUAGCCCAACAGAUAACACAGGCAUGGAAGUGUAUUCGUGUAGAAGCUUUACCAAUUUUGGAAGAACAGAUUGCCAGUGACACUGUAACAGGAGCUAUGUUGCAGUCACUGCUGGUCAGUGGCCAAAGCAUUCCAGAUGAACUUGUCACAAAGUUAAUGCUGGAGAAGCUGAACUCCUCAGAAGUCUCUCACUUUGGCUAUAUUAUCACUGAAAUACCAUCACUUUCACAGGAUGCCAUGACUACUCUGCAGCAAAUAGAAUUAAUUAGAAAUUUAAAAUUGAAACCUGAUAUUAUAAUCAAUAUUAAGUGCCCUGACUAUGAUUUAUGCCAAAGAAUUUCGGGGCAAAGGCAGCACAGUAGUACAGGAUACAUAUACACAAGAGAUCAGUGGGAUCCUGAAGUCAUUGAGAAUCGUAGGAAAAAGAAGAAAGAAGCCCAAAAGGAAGGAAAAGGAGAAGAGGAGGGGGAAGAGGAAGAAGAGCAAGAAGAAGAAGAGGCAUUUAUUGCUGAAAUGCAGAUAGUGGCUGAAGUUCUUCAACACCUCGUUCAGAGACCUGAGGAUUAUUUGGAAAAUAUCGAAUACAUUGUUAACCUUUAUAAGGAAAUAAUUCUUCAUCCUUUAGAAGAAGUAAUGGCUGAACAUGAUUCCCAGUAUCUCAUUGAGCUAGAUGGAAAUAAGCCCCCAGAGGAGCUGUUCAUGGUAAUUGUGGAUCGACUUAAAUAUCUGAACCUAAAAAGAGCAGCUGUUAUAACCAAACUUCAGAGUACAGAGGAAGAUAUUAAUGACACAAUGGAAAAUGAUGAGCUGUUCCGUACUCUCGCAUCUUGUAAACUUAUUGCACCAAGAUAUAGAUGGCAGAGAAGCAGAUGGGGACGUACAUGUCCUGUGACUUUAAAAGAAGGUAACAUUUUUCAAGGAUUGCCAGAUUUUUCUGUGAGUUUUCUAGGUAAAAUGUACUGUCUUUCAUCAGAAGAAGCAUUAAAAACAUUUCUAUUGAACCCACGUCCCUAUCUUCUUCCACCUAUGCCAGCACCACCAUUUAAAGUAUUCAUAUUUGGACCUCAGUCUUCAGGGAAAACAACACUUAGCAAUCUGCUUGCAAAACAUUUCAAAGGAAAGGUAAUUGACUAUGAUAAAGUAAUUCAACCACGUUUUGAUAAAGCCCUUGAAAUGUUAACCAGAAACACUAUAGCUGAGGCCACUGAAGCAGCCAUUAAAGUUGUCAAAGAACGGCUUCUCUUAGAACUACAAGCUAAAAAAGCUCAGUCAAUUUCAAAAGACCUUCAAGAAGAAUCUGAAAGGAGGGAAAGGGAAAUCCCAACGGAUGGAUAUAGAAGUGCAGAAGAAUUGCAGUUGUCACUUGAAGAUGUGUUCGCUUUUGAAUCCCAAAGAGAAAGCUCUUUAGAAGACAGUGGAGAAGCCAAAAUGAAGUCAGAUGAUAAAGAUGGUGAAAAAGAAAUAAAUGAAAUGUUUACACUUCAAAGAAGUCAGCAAGACUCUAAUCGAGAUCGAAAGAAGGAUUCCAAAAAAGAUGUGACAGACUAUGAGAUAGAAGAAGUAACUGCUGAUCAUCCAGAAGUUCUUUCCAUAAUAAAUGAGACAGUAAAAAUGGCAAAGGAUAUGAACUUUGAACAGCCACAUGAAAAAAUUGCUGAAAUCUUAGAUGAAGUUCUCCAAGAGAUAGUUGAAGAAAACAAGAACAGGUUUUAUGGUGCCCCCAAAUAUGGAGGAUGGAUACUGGACAACUUCCCUCUUAUGAAAGACCUCUGGAUGGCCUUAGUCGACAAAGGAGUUCUACCUGAUUUAGUCAUCUGUUUAUCAGACAUAGAAAACAAUGGAAAAUAUUUAUAUAAUAGACUGUAUUUAAAGAAUAAACAAGAAAUUGACUCUAAGAUUUUAGAAAGAUUAUUAGAUGAACUACUAAAGGAAAGAAAACAGGAAGAAGCAGCAAGAAAAGUCAAGGAAGAGGCAUUGAGAAUAGAAGAAGAAAAUCGAAAGCUAUUGGAAGCUCUGGCUGCAAAAGCAAAAGAAGAAGAUGAAGCCGAGGCUUUUGAGGAUAUUGAAGGUGAGGAGUCUGAACUUCACGAAGGGUCUGAGGCCCCUGAGGUUGCUGAGGAGACCAGGGGGGUCUUACACGAGGAGUCUGACAUUUUUGAAGUCCCAGAAACAGAACACGAAUCAGUAUCUGAGCCUCCUGAGGAUGCUACAGUUGGAGCAGAAUUUCCAAAAGGAUCCAGAGAGGGCCUGGAAACUAAAGAAUUACCUGAAACAGUUCUACUACCUGCAUUUCCAGAAGAUGGUUAUCCUGAUGUUCCUGAAAUGGAUUCAAUUAAAGAGAAUGUCAGCUCUUUCUACGCUGCCUGGAAACAGGUGGAAACAGCUAUCAGUGACUCUUUUAUUCAAAUUUUAAACCUGGAGAUUGCUGGCAAAACUCCAGAGGAACUACUUCAAAAAGUCGUUGAAAUUAUGGAAAAACCCUUUCACCAUGCUGGUUGGGAGUUAACCAUGGAAGAUUAUGAUGAAGAAACAGAAGACUAUCAGGCUGAAGCUGAUGUCGAUGAGGAGCUAGAAGAGGAAGAAGAGGAAGAGGAAGAGAAUGAAGAUAUAAUUAAGGAGAAGAGAAGGCAUUUGGGAGAUACAAAGCACUUCUGUCCAGUGGCUCUCAAAGAAAACUUCGUCCUACAACCAGGCACCCCAGAAGAAGCAGCUAAAUAUCGAGAAAAGAUCUAUUACUUUUCAAGUCCUGAGGCUAAAGAAAAGUUUUUGGAGCAACCUGAGGAGUAUGUGGCUCAUGAUGAACCAUUAAAGGCUCCACCAUUAAGAGUAUGCCUUCUCGGCCCCCAUGGCUCUGGCAAAACUGUCUGUGGAAGACAGCUGGCAGAAAAAUUGGGCAUUUUUCAUAUUCAGUUUGAAGAAUUUCUUCAAGAAAAACUAAUGCUCAAAACUGAAAAGAAAGUUGGACCUGAAUUUGAGGACGAUUCUGAGGAUGAACAACUUGUAAAACAAGAACUUGAAGAGCUUGCAAUUAAGGCCAAUGUUACAAUUGAGGAAGAAAAUACAAAGAAGCUGCCUCAGGAAGUGCAACUUACAGACGAAGAAGAAGCAAUCAGAUUAAACCUAACAGAAAAUGAGCCAUUGCCUCCUGAAAUCCUUGAAGCAAUUCUUUCUGAGUGGUGGUUUAAGGAACCGAUAUGUUCCACAGGUUUUGUAUUAGAUGGUUUCCCGCGGUAUCCCGAUGAGGUCCAGUUCCUGGGGGAACAUGGGCUUUUCCCAGAUGCUGCUGUGUUUAUACAAGUUGAUGAUCAAGAUAUUUCUGAUCGCCUCCUUCCUGUCCAAAUUGGAAAGUGGAAAGUGAAACAAAACAAGAAAUUAGAAAGGAAAAAACUCAUCAAAGAAAUGAAGGCAAAAAUCAAGGAUGAUAUGAUUGCUAAGAGAAGGGCUGAACUUAUAACUGAGAGAGAAAAAAGAAGGAAAGCAGGUACUGUUAGAGAAGAUGAAGACAUGAGUGAGGAAGAACCUGAUAACGAUGAAGAUGAUAUUGAUAACAUUCUCGAAGAUGAAUUUCCAAAAGAUGAAGAAGUGAUGAGUGAGGAAGAGGAAGAGCAGGAAACUGAUGCUCUCGAACGCCUGAGGGGUGAACUCGGAGAAAAAUUUGAAGCGGAUAUGAGUAAUUUACAAAUAAUACAGGAAGAAUUUGAGAAGUUUUUGAUACCAGUAAUUCUCAUUAAUGGAUCUCGAAAAAUCCACAUUGUCCAAUACACAUUGAAUACAAAACUGAAACCACUGGUAGAGAAUCGUGCAAGCAUUUUUGAGAAAUGUUAUCCAAUAUCUUCACGCCUUGCCCAGAAAAUGCUCAGCUUUACCUACAAGUAUAUAAGCUCAUUCGGCUACUGGGACCCUGUAAAGCUAAAUGAAGGCGAGACCAUCAAACCAGUUGAAAAUUCAGAGAAUCCACUUCAUCCUGUAAUCCAUCGUCAGUAUAUUUAUUUUUUAUCUAGUAAGGAAACUAAAGAAAAAUUUAUGAAGAACCCAAUCAAAUAUAUCUGCCAACCCAAACCUAAGCCUACUAUCCCCAUUAGGAUUGCAAUUCUGGGGCCUCCAAAAUCUGGAAAAACUACAGUUGCCAAAAGUAUUUCAAGUCAAUAUGGCUUAAAGCGUUUGUCGAUAGGAGAUGCUUUGCGUUAUGUAUUAAACAACCAACCAGACACAGAGCUGGCACUUAUGCUAAAUUGGCAUCUUCAUAAAGGAAUGACAGCACCUGAUGAACUGGCUAUUCAGGCCUUAGAAUUAUCUCUGAUGGGAAGUGUAUGUAAUACCGCAGGUGUUGUCAUUGAUGGAUACCCUGUAACUAAGCAUCAAGUGAGUCUCUUAGAAGCUAGGUCCAUCAUCCCCAUGAUUAUCUUUGAGUUGGAUGUGCCUUCCAAAGAGAUUUUCAGAAGAUUGCUCCUGGAGAAAAAAACGGAGUCAAGUUUGCCUUAUCCAUUGCACAACAGCUCACAGAUUAUAGCUGUCAAGAACUCAAGGUACCACAAAAAUAUUGGUGAGAUUAGGCAAUAUUAUGAAGUACAACAUCAGAACUGGUAUGUGAUUGAUGGCUUUCACAGCAAAUGGUGGAUAUGGAAUGAAGUCAUUAAGAAGGUUAAAAUGGUGAAUAAAUACAUGCAGAUAUAUAUGGAAAGAAUAAAAGCAGGAAAAGCCGCCUGCAUUGACAAGUUAUGUAUCUCACCCGAAGAACUGAUUUCUCGCCUGGGCGAAUUUGGACAGUUCUGCCCCGUCAGCCUGGCAGAAUCAUAUGAAUUAGUUGAUUGCUCUUUAAAUGAUUCCUUGGAAUUUGCAGCAGAGUUCAGAGGGCACUAUUAUAAAAUGAGUUCUCUAGAGAAACUGAAUAAAUUUUUGGACAAUCCAGAAUUGUUCGUACCUCCAUUAGCACCUCAUCCACUCCCACCUACUGACAUGAUCCCCAAGAGGCUGACACUGUCAGAGCUGAAGAGCCGGUUCCCUAGGUGUGCUGAGCUCCAGGGUUAUUGUCCAGUGACUUAUCAGGAUGGCAGACAAAGAUACGAAGCCCUAGUUCCUGGUAACAUUCACUAUGCUUUAGAAUAUCGUGAUCGUAUAUAUAUCUGUGAGAGCAAAGAAAAACUUCAGAAAUUUUUGAGGUCGCCACACAAAUACUGGAAUCAGAAGCUUCCUUACAAACUUCCCCCGUUGAAGGAACCAAUGUAUCUCACCAGUCUGCCUUUGCCUGGAUAUCUGGAACAGGGUAUUGCAACUGCUCUAAUUAAAGCCAUGAAUGCAGCGGGAUGCUUAAAGCCCAAAUUCCCCUUCUUAAGUGUACAGAGAUCUGCGCUACUUUAUAUAGCACUUCAUCUGAAAGCCUUUAAUCCCAAUAGUUCUGAAUAUACAAGAAAAAAAUACAAGAAGAAGAUGGAGCAGUUUGUGGAGAGAUGUGAACUCAUUACAUACCUGGGUGCCAAGAUGACCAAGAAAUACAAGGAACCUCAGUUUAGAGCCAUUGACUUUGAUCAUAAAUUGCAGACCUUUCUCUCUCUUAGAAAUAUAGACCCAGUCAAUGGUUAG